AAUGGCCUCACGAGUUCCUUCUCGUCUGGCCCAGCUCCAUCGUGUAAACUGCUCUCUCAGGUCUAAUUCUUCUCGGUUAAGAGCAUAUCGAGCAGGUCUUGUCUAUGCUCGUCGACCGUACUCAGUCGAUUCUACUCCGGCGUCGAGCUCACACGGUAGGAAUGGUAAUUUGGGCCCACCACCUUCUGUAGUUUUUGACCGCAGGACGACCAGCGAAACCACUUCUGAGAGGUCGUAUCCCACCCCUCGUUCACAAUAUCGAAAACUAGUCCAAUCUGGAAUACUUAGACCCGAUGAACAUCAGGAGCAUAUUAUAGACAAGUUACAGGCUCUCCAUGAGCAGCUCGAGAAUUAUGUCCAAACCCCUAUAAUAGAGUCGAGACAGUCGUCGUCACUCCUUUCUCGACUGUUCUCCAACUCGACUAAUGAAACCAGCGAUGAUGAGCAUGUACCGCAGGGUCUCUACCUUUACGGAGACGUAGGGACUGGUAAAUCGAUGCUUAUGGAUUUGUUCUACGAGACGCUCCCCCCGCGAAUAAAAAAGAAACGACGAGUGCAUUUCCAUGCGUUCAUGGUUGACGUGCAUAAACGUGUUCAUGCGCUGAAGGCGUCGUGGGGAAUGUCAGGCGGGGACCCAAUACCUCCUGUGGCGAGAGAUCUGGCGAAUGAAGUAACUGUUUUGUGCUUUGAUGAGUUUCAGGUAACAGAUAUUGUAGAUGCAAUGAUUCUCCGUCGACUACUAGAAACUUUGCGUAAUCAUGGCGUGGUUACCGUAAUGACUUCCAAUCGGCACCCGGAUGAGUUAUAUAAGAAUGGAAUACAGCGAUCUAGUUUUAUACCAUGUAUCGAGCUAUUAAAGACAAAAUACGAUGUCAUAAAUCUGGAUUCCGGGACCGAUUAUCGACGUAUACCACGUGCUCUCUCGAAUGUCUACUUCCAUCCACUCACCCCGGAGAACAGGGACGAAGUCAACAAAAUCUUCGUUGGAAUUGCAACUCGCGAUGGCGAGGAAGUCUCUCGUUCCCGCUACCUGAAAAUCUGGGGUCGUAGGCUUCACGUACCGGAGAGCACGAGCCACGUCGCGAAGUUUACCUUUGACGAGCUUUGUGGUCAUCCGUUAAGCGCAGCAGACUAUCUUGAGGUGACAAAGACUUUUCAUACGGUGUUCGUGACGGAUGUGCCGAAGAUGAACUUAGGGCAGAAAGAUAAGGCACGACGUUUCAUAACGUUCAUUGAUGCGUGCUAUGAGAGCAAGACUAAGCUCUUUAUUACUUCGGAAGUACCAAUCUUCCAGGUUUUCUCUGAUGAUGUCGGCGAUAAGUCCAUCUCAGACCACCAGCGCAGUAUCAUGGAUGAUCUCGGUCUUUCUGAUUCGGGGGUAGGCACGAGUUCAAUGUUCACUGGAGAAGAGGAAGUUUUCGCAUUUGCACGAUGUUGUUCUCGACUGGUUCAGAUGGGUAGUAAGGAGUGGGCGGAGACGGCAGGCGAGGCAUGAACUUUAUACUACACUCUGCAUUAUCUUAAAU